AUGACCGAUGAAGCGCAGGCGGCGCCAGUGGUGCCAGAGGACACCCUGGAAGCAGACAGCACGCAGGCAUUGCCAGCAGCUCCUGCGACCAGCGAGGGCAGCAGCCAGGCAGAUGCCCUGCCAGUAGUGCCCGAAGAGGCCACCGAGGAGGCCAGCGAGGAGACGGAGGCGUUGCCGCGGAUCGCGGACAGCAGCAGAGGGGAGGGGCCGCGUGCGCUUCCCGAGGCGGACGCCGAGGAGGCCUCCCCGACGGAGUCGCCGCGAGCCGCGCCCGAGGAGGCUGCCCAGCCGACCGACGGCGAGGAGGAUCCGCCAGCGGUGCAGGGCCAGGCCAGCGACAUGGCCGGCGAGGGGGUGGCACCGCCCACCGCGUCCGAGGCCCGCCAGGAGACCGCCGGAGCCGAGGCGCUGACGGCGGGACCCGAGGAGGCCGGCAAGCAGGACGUGGGCCAGGCCCAGGCGCAGCAGCAGCGCGACGGCUCCCGGGAGGAGCGGGCCGAGGAGGACUCGCGGCCGUGGUGGGCGCCCAAGGCCGAGUACGAUGAGGUCACGGACGAGGCCAGCAAAGAGGAGCCUGCGGUCGAGGGUGAGGCGCCCUGGGCUCUGCCCGAGCAGGCCGAGAAGGGCAGUGAGGCGGAGGCGCCUGCGCCCAGGGAGGAUCCCGCGGAGGCCCCAGUCCAGGACGAGGUGCUGACAGCCGUGGUGCCCAAGGCGGAUGAUGAGGAUCCCUCAGAGUUCAAGGAACGGACCAACGACAAAGCGCGUUUGCCGUCGGUUCCCGAGGAGGAGGGGGAGGAGGAGGAAGAGCUGCCUUCACCCAAGGAGGAGUUGCUGAGGCUGCCCGAGGCCGAGGACGAGCAGCAGCAACCAGCGAUGGAGCAGACGGUAUUGGAGCCCCCAGCUGCCGUGGCCGAGGCAUUCGAGCCCCCUGCCACGGAGCAGGCCGAGACGCCAGCGCCCGAGGAGACCGAAGGCGAUGCGAGCGAGACGAGCACACCGCCGGCGGCAACCGAGGAGGUCACGGAGGAGAAGCUGCCGUCGGUGGCCGACGAGGAGGAGGCCCCCGUGGCCACGGGGGAGCUGCGGCCGCAGCUGCCUCAGACCGAGGGGCCGUCGACGCAGGACGGGGCCGCGGCAGCGGCCGCGUCCCAGGGGGCGAGCGCAGGGGUGGAGAUCACAGAGCAGACCAACGACAUCGCGGCGCUGCCGCCGGUCCCCGACGAGGAGGAGUGGCCGAGGCCCCCCGCCGAGCGCGACGAGCGGCUGCUGGGCCAGAGGCGGGCGGGCGAUGGCGUGGCCAGCGAGCGCGAGCCUCCGCCCCCGGCGCACGAGGAGACGGCCGGCGAGGACGAGGAGGCCGGCGGGCCUCUCGCGGGCCCGGCGGCGCCGAGCGCGCAGGAGCCGGGCGGCGGCGCCGCGGCGGAUGCGCCGCCAUCGGCGCCGGUGGCGGAGCAGCCGGAGGCGGAGCAGGAGCAGCCGGAGGCGGAGCAGCCAGAGGCGGAGCAGCCGCCGGCGGCGCCGGUGGCGGAGCAGCCGGAGGCGGAGCGGCUGGAGGCGGAGCAGCCGGAGGCGGAGCAGCCGGAGCCGUCUGCCGCCGAGCGGAAGGCGGAGGAGGAGUACAAGACGAACCUGGCGCGCGCGUUAGAGGAUGCCAAGGCUGAGGCCGACUCCCGGGCGAAGGCGGCGGAGGCCGACGCCCAGGCGAAGGAGGAAGCCGUGGCUGAGGCGAAGGAGGCGGCAGAGGCACCGUGGGCCGUACCGGAGGUCGACAACAAGGAGACCAGCGUCGACGAGCUGGAGAAGGAGCUGGCGAAGAGGCGGGAGGAGCUGAAGAGGAUGGAGAAGGAGCAGGAGGUGAAGCUGCUGAAGAGGAUGCUGAGGGAGCUGGAGGCCGGCGGCGACGGGCCGGAGCAGGACCAGGGCCCUCCAGCCACGGCGGGUUCGGCCAACGGGACCAGCGGCGAGGAGCCGCAGAGGGAGCAGGCGCCGGCGGCCGCCCCCGAGGCGGCCAACGGGACCAGCGCCGAGGAGCCGCAGAGGGAGCGGGCGCGGGCGGCCGCCCCCGAGGCGGCCAACAUGACCAGCGCCGAGGAGUUGCCCGAGGCGGCCAACGAGACCAGCGACGAGAAGCUGGCGAAGGACUGGUCGGCCUCGCCCUCCAGCGCGGUGCCGCAGGACCUCUACGAGGAGGCGCACGGCGGGGCCGCCAAUCGGUCCAGCGACGAGCUGGCCAACGAGGCGGAGGCGGAGCAGCCGGAGCAGCCGGAGGCGGAGCAGCCCGAGCCGUCUGCCGCCGAGCGGCAGGCGGAGGAGGAGUACAAGAUGAACCUGGCGCGCGCGUUGGAGGAUGCCAAGGCUGAGGCCGACUCCAGGGCGAAGGCGGAGGCCGUCCCCGAUGCCGCUAACGGGACCAGCGACGAGGAGCCGCAGAGGGAGCAGGCGCCGGCGGCCGCCCCCGAGGCGGCCAACGGGACCAGCGACGAGGCGGCCAACGCCAGCGACGAGAAGCUGGCGAAGGACUGGUCGGCCUCGCCCUACAGCGCGGUGCUGAAGGACCUCUACCUGGCGCACGGCACGGCCGCCAAUCGGUCCAGCGGCGAGGAGCUGCAGCAGGAGCAGGCCGCCCCCGACGCCACUAACAGGACCAGCGACGAGGAGCCGCAGAGGGAGCAGGCGCCGGCGGCCGCCCCCGAGGCGGCCAACAUGACCAGCGCCGAGGAGCUGCCCGAGGCGGCCAACGAGACCAGCGACGAGAAGCUGGCUAAGGACUGGUCGGCCUCGCCCUACAGCGCGGUGCUGAAGGACCUCUACCUGGCGCACGGCGAGGCCGCCAAUCGGUCCAGCGGCGAGGAGCUGCAGCAGGAGCAGGCCGCCCCCGAUGCCGCCAACGAGACCCGCGACGAGGAGCCGGAAGGGGAGCAGGCGCCGCUGACCGCGGCCAACAGGGUCGGCGACGAGGAGGCGCAGCAGGAGCAGGCGCCGCCGGCCGCACCCGAGGCGGCCGACGAGAGCAGCGACGAGCAGGAGCAGGCCACGCCUGCGGCCCCCAAGGAGGUGUUGGAGAAGCAGGGGCCCAAGAGGGACGUCGCCGCACCCGGCUGGCUGCCCAAGGAUCCGGGCUGCUACCUGUGGCUGCCGAACGGCUGCCCGGAGAACCCCGCGAGCCGCUUCCCGAGGGUGUGGCGCCGAGACGGUCGGGGCAGCGAGAGCUUCGAGGCCUGCGCCCUGAGGAAGCGCGGCUUCGACAGGUUCUGCCAGACGAACGACACGAUCUUCUACUACAUCGACGAGCCCGACGCCGCAGAUGCGCCGACGGUGGACGGCUCCGAGCCAGGGGCCUCCGAGCAGGAGGUGGACCAGGGCGACGCGACGGCGAUCCCCAUGACAUCCACCACGCUGGCGGCGCUGGACCCGCGAGCCUCGCGGCAGGACCGGCUGAUCGCGUCGGACGAGUCCAUGGCCACGUCUGGGCUGCGCCGUCCCCCGAUGCCCAGCGAACCAGGCUGUUACCUGUGGAUGCACCACGGUUGCCCGAUGCACCCGCACCACGACGUCCGGGUCCAGUGGUACCUGGACAGGCUGGGGGCGGAGAGCGUCUCCAUGUGCAAGAACCGGAAGAUGGCGUUCGAUAGGUUCUGCGGUGUGGAGAAUACUGUCGCCGUGUUCCUCGACUGGAGCGUCCCCGAAGGCGCUCCCGCGGGGCCCGACGCGGAGCCCGAGGCGCUACCCGAGGCGCCGCAGACCGAGGCCUCCAAGUCGUCCGCCGACGAGGAGGCCGCGCAGCUGGAGCGGGCGGAGGAGGCGGAGGCGUCGAGGGCGCCAGCCGCCGAGGCGCCGGCCGAGGAGGGUUCGGCCGAGGACGAAGAGGACGACGGAGAGGGCGAGCCCUCGGCGCUCCUGGGCCGGCGGGCCGAGCAGGAAGCCGAGGAGAACUACGAGGACGGCGAGGAUGCGGAGGAGGAGGCCCCUCGGCCGGAGCUGCCCGAGGAGCCGACGCCCGAGGCCCCGGAGGAGCCGGCUGCCGAGGAGGAGGAGGAGGAGGAGGAGGCCGCGCGGCUGGCUUCGGCCGAGGAGGCGGCUGCGCUGGAGGUGCCCGCCGGGGCCACGCCGGAGCAGGCCGCGGGGGCGGCGGCGGGCGCGGACGAGGAGGAAGCCAGCCCCGAAAAGCCGGGCGAGCUCAUCGACCUGGACGUGGGCGAGGACGCCGACGAGGCGGAGACCAUCGGCGCGGUGCGGGUGGGCGCCGAGGCGAGGCAGGCCGCGCGGGAGCGGGUCGCCCAGGAGGCGAAGGCCGCCCGCGAGGCUGAGGAGGAGGCCGUGCGCGAGGCCGAGGAGGCGAGCGCGCGCGGGGAGCACGCGGCGCCCCCGGAGGCUGCCGCGGCGGCGCCCGCGCCGGCGCCCGAGCCGCCCGCCCCGGUGGCCCCCGCGGCGGAGCCGGAGGAGCUGGCGCCCGCGGCGCCGGGCGCGGCGCCCGUGGCCUCCGACGACGCCGCAGCGGCCACCACCACGGCGGGGCCGGGCGCCGAGGCGGCGCCGGCGAGGCGGCCGGCGUGGCUGGCCAAGGCCCUGGCGGCCGCCCCGGCCGAGGCGCCGGCGGCCCCCCCGCGGGAGGGCCCCGAGGAGGGCGGCCUGGCCGCGCUGCUCCGGGCGGCCGCUGCCGGCACGGGGCGGCAGGAGCGGGCGACGCAGGCAUCGGCCGCAGCGGAGACCCCCGUGGAGGACUUGGAAAAAGAGGCCGUGAGGGUCUCGACCACGGGGGCCGAUUCCGUUCGCUUUGCUUCGGAGGCCCAGCUGGCCUCCACCACGGCGCAGGGCAUCCACGAUCGGAUGGAGUCCGACGCCGUCGCGGUCUCCACCACGGCCCCGUUCGUGAAGCCGCUCCUGAGGUCGGGCAAGCCGGUGCCCGAGCUGCCCACGCAGCCAGGCUGCUAUCUGUGGCUCCACCACGGAUGCCCAAAGCACCCCGCGCCCCAGCACGCCGCCACCUGGUGGAGAGACAGGCGCGGCGAGGCGAGCACGGAGGCCUGCGAGCAGCGGAAGCGGGGCUUCGACAGGUUCUGCGGCGUCGAAGACACCGCUUCGUACUUCAUAGAGGCAGCGCUCGCGCCCGUGGAGGCACAGGGCGAGGCUCAGGACGACGCGGAGCUGGACAUCCCAGCGCUGGUGGACCGCCUGGCGGGCACGACGACGGAGGCCCCCUCGGAGCAGUCCCCGGCCGAGCAGCCGGCGGUGACGUCGCCGACAGCGUUGGCGCAAGAUGCGGCUGAUGCCAAGGAGCCCGUGCUGGCGGGCGCCCGGGCGCUGGCGGGCCGCAGCAGCCGGCCGGCCGCCAGGCCGACGAGGCGCGAGGAGCUGGAAGCCGAGGAGCUGCCCUCGCAGGACGCCGGGCCCGAGGAGUCGCCGACGGCGCCGGCCACGGACUCCCUGGAGGCGGUGGAGACGGAGGCCGGCGGGGUGCUGCUCGGGGCCGCCGGGCUGGCGGUGCCCGAGCUGCCGCGCGUGCCGGGGUGCUUCCUGUGGGUGCACCACGGCUGCCCGCUGCGGCCCCACGCCGAGUACGUCCAGGCCUGGUAUGAGGACGCGGAGGGCGCGGUUAGCCGGCGCCUCUGCGAGCUGCGGAGGGGCAAGAUCGACGAGUUCUGCGGCCGAUCCAACACCACCAUGUAUUUCCUCCCGGGAAGAGACGCGGCGCCCGCGGUGACGGAGGACGCCCCGCUCCCGGCGGUGCCGCCUCCCGCGGCGCAGCUCCUGCGGCAGCCCGCGCGCGGCGAGAGCGCCCCGGCUCAGGGGGAGGCGCCGCCCGCGGAGGCGCCCGCCGACGCCAGGCAGCCAAGCCGCCUGCGCACGCCCGCGCCGGCGGCGGCGGCGCACGCGGGCGGCUUCCAGCCCGCGAAGGCCGUGGAGAAGGCCAGGCUGGCGGCCGGCCAGGCGGCCGGCGUUGUCCAGCAGGCGGCCGUCAGCUUCGUGUCGAAGCUCAGCUCCGCCCUGCCCUGGUCCAGAAAGGAGGCCGCCCCAGCCAGCGCGCCGCCGCUGGAGAAGCACACCCUGCAGCCCCUGCGCAUGAUGCAGGAGGAACAGCAGCAGUAGGUUGACAGCAGGAUGAACGCGUAGACUGACGCGUAGAUACAUGUGAUUUAUGUAUGGGGCCCGCGCUCACCCUCAUUUUUGUUUGUCGCAUGCUGAUCUUCAUGGCAAACAAUCACGUGGUCGUUGCCUUCCUGGCGCCCCCGCGGUGUCGUGAGCGUCGUCGGUUGGCUCGGUGGCGCUGGCCUCUCUGCUUGGGAAAGACCUGGCCGGGGUGCGGCGACACUUGCCCCGCUCCGUCCAGGCGCUUCUGAUGCACUGAUUGCCCUGAUGGUGGCCCCUUCUGGGCGCCAAUCUUUAAUGUCAAGUCGGAGCGCCGGAAGCGCGUGCGGCAGGGCGGCCCAUCCUCCCCCAUCUCCCCUCCCCUCUUCCUCCGUCCUUUCCAUGGCCGUCCUCGCACCGGCCCCCGCCUCCCGCGCGCCCUCGGCCCUGCGCGCUCGCCCCCCGUUCGCGCAGGCGCCGCGAGGCACCGCUCCUCGGCAGGGCUCAGCGCGCGCCCCGUCUGUCCAG